AUGAUCCGGAGACUCUCUUCUUCGGAGUUGAAGCUGCUGCCGCUCGGGGAACGAGGCGAUCCCCGGGGAUCGUUCGAUCCCGUGCUGGUCAAUCUGCUGUCAAUGGGGCUGCAUGCAGAAGCAGCAGAAGCAGCAGCAGCAGCAAAGCCCUUUGCCCUGGACUCUCCCCGGGGGGGGGCCAGCGCAUGCGGCGACCUCUUGUGCGGUGCGCAGGAGAGGCAGCAGCAGCAGCAGCAGCAGCAGCAGCAGCUGCAGCAGCAGCAGCUGCUGCUGCAGCAGCAGCAGUCGGCAGGCGUGUUUCUGCUGCUGCAGCAGCAGCAGGAACAGCAGACACUCAGGAGACGCUCCACCUGCUCCCACACACUUCAUCAGUGGCAGCAGCAGCUGCAGCUGCAGCAGCAGCAGCAGCAGCAGCAGCAGCUUUCCCUGCUGCAGACAGGGGACCCGCAGCACAAUGUGUGUCUUCGCCGCCGACACAGCAGCAGAGGCGCUGUGGGCUUUGGGGACUGCGGGCUGCAGCAGCAAAGGGAGGACUUGUUGAGUUGCUCUCCGUACCAUGCUGACGCAUGCGCAGCAGCAGCAGCAGCAGCUGCUGCUGCUGCAGCAGACGCCACAGACGCAGCAGCAGCAGCUGCUGCUGCUUCUUGCAGUGUGCUGACAAUGGAGGACCCUUUUUUCAGUGUAGCAAGCGGAGACAGAGGAGCAGCAGCAGCAGCGCAGGCAAUGGCCUCGCUGCGGCCCGAGGAAACAGAAGGAGAUGCUGCUGCUGCUGCUGCUUUUUGUUUUAAAUCUCCUUCUUCAGAUUGUUCCUUGACUUUGACAAAUAACAGCACAAACUCUGUUGCUUCGGAGGCCCCUGCUGCGCUGAGUCCCCAGGUCACUUCCAGUUUGUGUGACUUUCCGCUGCAGCUGCAGCAGCAGCUGCAGCAGCAGCAGCAGCUGCUGCAGCAGCAGUUGCUGCUGCAGCAGCAGCAGCUCCAGCAGCUGCAGCCACCCACUUCUGGUAGACAACAGCUACUUCUGCCACUGCAAGAAGACACAACGAUCCCGACACAGCAACAACUCGACAGACAGCAGCAAACCAUCAGUCUGCUGCCCGAUGCAAUGAUAGACCCAGGGUUGCUGCUGCUGCAGCAGCAGCAAAUACUGCAACAGCAGCAGCAACUGCUGUCUGCCGCCAGCAUGGAAGUUGAGCAAGACCACUUGUGCGCCGCUGGCUCGCUGCAACAAGAGCAGCAACAAGGAAAGCUGCAGCAGCAGGAGCAUCCAGACUGGCUGCUCGGAAACCCUCUUCAGCAGCAACAACACCAACUGCAGCAAGUAGUACUGCAGCAGCAGCAGCAACUGCAGCAGGUGCUGCUUCACCAGCAACAACUGCAGCAGCAACUGGAGCAGCAAGCGCUCCAGCUGCAGCAGCACUCACUUCACGGCCAGCACGUCUCGGGCGUGCACGCUGCUGUGCAGCAGCAGGAGCAGCAGGAGCUGCAGCAGGAGCUGCAGCAGCAAGCUUUUGUGCAGCAGCAGCCCGGCGAGGGGCAGCAAGUGCACGAGGCGAAGCUGGGCGGGGGUGAGCUUCCAGAGCUUCCAGAGGCCUCCUGCGCCUUGGCGCAGCAGCAGCAGCAACAACAGCAACAACAGCCGCAGCAGCAGGAGCAGCAGCAGCAGCAGCAGCAGCCCCAGUUGUGGCUCUCUUCAGCGCAGCCCGAAGUGAGCCCCCUCACGAAUGCGCUGCAGCAGCAGCUGCAGGAACAGCAGCAGCUGCAGCAGCAGCAGCUGAGUGGCGACAUGCAGCUGGAUAAAUGUCAAGGAGACAUGCAGCUGGAGAAGUGCCACGCUGCGGGACAGCAGCAGCAGCAGGAGCAGCAGCAGCAGCAGCAAGCGCAUCCACAGCUGCAGCAGCCGCUGCAUUCGCAUCCAGUGCGUGAAGUUUCUUCUUCUUUUUCUGAAAUGCUUGAGCCUGCAAUGCAGCAGCAAACACUGAGGCAGCAGCAGAAGCAGAAGCAGCAGAAGCACAGGCAUGCGCGGCAUGCGCCGCAGCAGCAACACCGCCAUCAUCUUCAGCAGCGGCAGCAGCAGCAGCAGCGGAAGCAGCAGCGUAGCUCCGUCGCUCACGGCAGGCCCUCAAGAAAGCUUGGUGAAGCAGCAGCAGCAGCUGCUGCUGCUGCUUCUGGCAGCAACAUCAUGGGGCCCCUCAGGCGGUCGCUCAGGUCGAAAAGACUCUCUGCGAAAGAAGCUAGUCUGAACUCCUGUGAAGAAGAGGAGGAGUGGCUGCCCCACAAGACUCUUGUUGCAGAUACUGUUGCAGCUGCGGCGGCUUCAGGCGUUUCUGGCUUGGGUGCUGCUGCUAGCGUUGAAGGCAGCAAAGACGCAGCAGCAGCUGCAGCAGCAGCAGCAGCAGGUGCACGGACAGAAGCAGCAGCAGCUGCGUCAGACACAGACGACAGGCUUUUGCUGCAGCUCAAGAGCCUCGUGUGUCCUUCAGCUGACCCCAAAACGGCCUCUCCGGUGUCUUCGGCCACACGGGAAGAGCCUUCGCGGGUAGAGCAGCAGCAGCAGCAGCAGCAGGAGCCACUGAGGCAGCUAAAGCAGGAGCAGCGGCAGCAGCAGCAGCAGCAACCGGACGUGCCCGGUGCUGCGCCGGCGUCUAGCAGCGGCCGUAGCAGCUGCGCCGCAGCAGGAGUGAGCAAAAGCAGCAGCAGCAGCAGCAGCAGCAGUUGCAGCACAGCAGCAGCAGCAGUUGCACGGCAGCUGCCGGAACUGCGGCGAGGCAGCAAGUGCAUCCGGGGGGCCCCCCGCGCCACAGUGCAGCAGCUCUACGGGCAAACUUACGACUUGGAGGCCCUCGCGCUGCAGCUGGACGAAACCCACAUUGAUGACAUUGACCCUGGGGACUUCGACAGAAGUUAUUCUCAAGGAAAACGAUUUGCUGUUGGCGACUUGGGCCGGAAGCUCCUCCUCGUCGUCGUCAGGGAGAAACUCGAGGCGGGGGCCUGCGGGCAGCUGAAGUUCUUGACCUUGACAGACCUUUUUCGUUUAGCUUAUGAGUUGGGUCUUUGGGAGUUUGCGUUGAAGGUGGCGAUGGCCUACAGAGUGGGUUGUUUGCGGAUCCCCAAGACAGCGCCUGCGCCGCCCGCAGCAGCAGCAGCAGCAGCAGCAGCAGCAGCAGCGCUCCCGGAAGCGGAAGCAGCAGCAGGCGGGGCGCCAGAAGCAAACACAAGGCCCGACCAAAGCCCAGAGAGUGGCCCCACAGAGGCUCCUGCUGCUUCUUUGCUGCUUCCAGAAGGCGCAGAGCGCAGCAAGGCCUCUGGCGCUGCAGAGGCGCCAGGAUUGGCUGCUGGCAGCAGCAGCAGCAGCAGCAGCAGCAGCAGCAGCGGGACCAGAGGCGGCAGCGGCGCGGCAAUGCUGCAGGAUGGUCCCGAAGCGCAGGUUGUGCUGCAGCGGAGCAGCAAACGAAGGCUGCUCCCGUCCCCCGCUGAGGGAGACAGUAGCAGCAGCAGCAGCACCAGCAGCACGAACAGCAGCAAAAGCAGCAACAGCAGCAGCCGGUCCCGCCCAGCGCAUUCUGCAGCUGCGGAGAACACUUCCAGCUGCGACAGAAAGAGCCCCUUGGACUUGCUCAGGUCCGUCGGGGUCCAGGAUCAAUAG